AUUGAGGGUCAUCAAAGCCUGUCAUUGGUUACAUAUUUAUGAAUUUGUUAUGUCCAAAUUACAGAGUGUGAAACGCAUGCAUUUUUAUACCACACCCCAGAUCAAAUGGUAGCAAUUUCUAGGCUAGCUUAAUUCACUUAAAGCACUCGCUCGAGAGGACGGAUGGCACUGCGGGGCGGAAGUGGCUCUCGGACUUUGCUUAGGUUUGUUUCCGAGUUAGAAGAGCAAGUCGUGCGAGAUUCUGACCCAGAUAGCCAGUCCCACAGAGAACUGCGAUCUGAGAGUCAUUCGGGCCGCAGACCCGGAGCAGCUGUGUUUUAUGGAAAGCACCUUUUUCUGGGAUAGAGGACAUGGCCAGAGAAAUGCGAACAUUUGGAAAGAACGGAAAAGGCCGACUUCAGUGGGGAGCAUUUAUGUAACCAGAGUACUGUGCGGACCUGUCUCUCCACACCAGCCAGCACUGCCGAGUGUGUUUUUGAUUAACCAGACAGAGAAAGGGGAGGGAAGGAAGAGCAGCGCUUAGGGGAGUUCGUCAGCCCGGAUCUAAAUGUUUAGACCCGGAGAUCUCUGUCUUGUUUUCUUAAGUACUGGAACAAAGCUUUGGUGCAGCCGGUGUCCGAGCCUCCCUGCUCUGGGUCAUAAUCGGUGGUCUGUUGGUCACAUGGCAACGCUUGAGUUCACCUGUGUGCUGUCAACACGUCACGCCACAGCUUGACAUCUGCGCAGCGAACUUCCGAGUACUCUUCAAGGAGAAAGCUAUUUUUAAAACAAAAUAUGGUUGUCACUAUAUAGCUUUUUAUGUUUUGUUUUUACGAUUCUCGUCACACCCAAAUUAUUUGGAAGUCCACGUUUUCCCUAUCUCGAGACUCAUUUGCAUUUUUCAGGAGGGUUUUUUUUUUCUUUUGGUGCUUCGGACGUACUCCCGACUCGUUUCGGUCUCGUUUUUGGACUGACCUGCACAAAGGAGUGCCGCGACAGCUUGCAGGAAUGCGGAGCUAAACAAUGCCCUGCGCAUCACACAGGUCUUUGAUCUCAGUGGAAAAUGUCCGGAAAAGCACGGCAGAGCCUGAUUAGUCAGCGCCUACCUUACUGGGCUUGGCUGCAUCAGCUCGUCCUAUCACUGAUCUGCCUCUGCUGCUUGGUCCCUCCCACAGGGGUGAGCGCUGGCGUGUGCAGGGUGACCGGGGGGGUGCUGGGUAUCCACUGGAGCAGCGUUAUUGGGCUGGGAUGGCGCCCCCUGGCGGUGGAGAAGGCCAGCGAGACGUGCUGGGAGGCGUGCUGCCUGCAGCCGGCCUGCGGCGCCGUGUGGAGCUACGCGGGGUGCUGCGUGCUGCUGGGCUGCUCGCGCCCGCGCCACUGCGCCAUCACCGCCCUGCCCCACCCCCACGUCCAGGCCCUGGGGCUCCUGCAGCACGUGCCCAAGGGCGCCCCGCCCAAAGCGAGGCUCCGGCGGGCCGCGUCGCGGAAGAAGGACGGUGUGACCCUCAGCCAGCAGGGGGCGCAGGCCAGCCACCCUCACCCCCCGAAGGGCGUUUCCAAAGACACUUCAAGCCAAGCCCCUCCGGUGACUUCGGCCAAUGGUGUGGCUCUCCCCCUGACGUCCAACAAGACCCAACCUCAGCAGACCAACUCGAGCGGUGAUGCGGCACUUCUACCUUUUGCACAGCAGAACUCGACAUUAUCAACUGGAACCAUGGAUACGCCGCUAUCCAAUAGUAGCAGGAGUUUGCCAACCGUGGCCCCGACCACCCAUGUCCCAACCCCGCCUACUCAGGCCACACGAGAGUUGGUGGUGUCUGCAGGGAACAGUGUGGAGGUGACGCUGCCUCGAAACGAAGUGGAGCUCAAUGCCUUUGUCCUGCCAGCACCCCCUGAAGGAACGGACUACACGUUUGAUUGGCGGUUGAUCACGCACCCUCGAGACUACAGUGGAGAGAUGGAGGGGAAACACAGUAAAACACUGAAACUAAGCAAACUGACCGUUGGGCUGUAUGAGUUUGAGGUGCUGGUGGAUGGGGACGGGGCGCACGGCGGAGGCUACGUCAACGUCACGGUCAAACCAGAGCCACGCGUAAACAAGCCACCGGUUGCCGUCGUUUCCCCGAAGUACCAGGAGAUCUCCUUGCCAACCAGCUCUACGGUGAUAGACGGCAGCCAGAGCACGGAUGAUGAUAAGAUUGUGGCGUGGCGCUGGGAGGAAGUCAAAGGGCCGCUGAGGGAGGAGAAGGUGUCGGCCGACACGCCCAUUCUCACGCUCACCAACCUGGUGCCUGGCAACUACACCUUCAGUUUGACAGUGACAGAUUCUGAUGGAGCCCAGAGCUCAACUCAGGCAACACUGUCAGUCAACAAAGCCAUGGACUACAGGCCAGUGGCCAACACUGGGCCCAACCAGGUCCUCACUCUGCCACGCAACUCAAUCACUCUCUACGGCAACCAGAGCACAGACGACCACGAGCACCUGGCCUACGAGUGGUCUCUCAGCCCAGAGAGCAAGGGCAAGGUGGUGGAGAUGCAGGGAGUGCGGACCCCCAUACUGCAGCUGUCGGCCCUGCAGGAGGGGGACUACACCUUCCAGCUGACCGUCACCGACUCGGCUGGACAGCAGGACACGGCCAAGGUCACGGUGAUCGUCCAGCCAGAGAACAACAAGCCCCCCGUGGCAAAUGCAGGGCCGGAGAAAGAGCUGACUCUGCCCGUGGACCACACCACACUGGACGGGAGCAAGAGCACCGAUGACCAGAGAAUCGCCACCUACCAGUGGAGCCAGAGCACGGGGCCUGCGGGUGUGAAGAUUGAUAAUGCGGACAGCGCCGUCGCCACGGUAACAGGGCUUCAGGUGGGCACUUACGAAUUCAGCCUGACAGUGACGGACGAGAGGAAGCUGCAGAGCAAAGACACGGUUAAAGUCAUUGUUCGAGAGGAACUGGACCAGCCUCCGGUGGCCCACGUCCAGUCACGGCCUCCCAUCUCCCUGCCAAAUCGGACCGUAACACUGGACGGGUCGCGAUCCACCGACGACAAGGGCGUGGUCAGUUAUCUGUGGACCCGCGAUGACAGCAGCCCUGCUGCAGGGGAUGUGCUCAAUAACUCCGACCACCAGCCAGUGCUGUUGCUAAGUAACCUGGUGGAAGGGAAGUACAGCUUCACGUUGACCGUCACUGACAGCAAGGGCCAGAGCAGCUCCGGCCGAGGCACCGUGGAGGUGCGACCAGAUGUUUGGGAGAGAGACCUGGUGGAGCUGGUCCUGGAGGUGGGCGUGGCCCAGGUGUCCCGUCGGCAGAGAGACAUGCUGCUCCGGCAGGUCGGUGUCCUACUGGGCGUGCUCGACAGUGACAUCAUUGUCCGGGAGGUGACCGCCUUCAACGAGCACAGCACUCGCAUCGUGUUCCUGGUGUCCGGGGGUCCGGGGCGCCCCCCUCUGUCCGGGCACAGCGUGGCCGUGGGCCUGCGCAACAAACUGCGCAAACAGAAGAACGACUUCCUGAUCUUCAAGGCGCGGAGCGUGGACACAGUCAUCUGCCAGCUGAACUGCUCCAGCCACGGAGAGUGCGACCCUUUCACUCGCCGCUGCGUCUGCAAGCCCUUCUGGAUGGAGAACUUCAUCAGGGCCCAGCUGGGCGACGCGGAGAGCAACUGCGAGUGGAGUGUUCUGUAUGUUACUAUAGCGUCCUUCAUGAUUGUGGUUGCCAUAGGAACAGUUGUCUGGGGGAUGGUGUGCUGCUGUCGCAGGAGGAAGAGCCGGAUGCGCAGGAAGAGCCGCUAUAAGAUGUUGGAGGCAGAUGAGCAGGACAGUCUUGAGCUGCAGCCCCCACGAGCUGGCCGCUUGAAGCCAGUGCCUGUCCCCACUUCCUCCUCCCUCAUGCGCUCCGACUCGGACUUGGACAGUGACGACGGGCGGGGGGGCAGCGCCUGGACAGAGCGGGAGAGGGGCCAGCUGCUGCGGCCCCAGAACGGAGCCCUGCGCAACGGCCUGGGGCCCCUGAGGGCCAAGAAGCAAAGGGAGGAGUUGCUAUAGCAACCACAUCAGGGGACGAAACCCCGCCCCGCUCACCGCGCACAAACCUCACGCCCCUCACGGACAGCGCUCCGACGCACAGGGGUUAGGCAUGGAGGGGGUGCGUCUGAGCCACUGGGGAUUCAAACCCCCUCCACCCCACCCCCGCCUGCCUCACCUGGCCCUCACCAAGCCAGUACCUGAGAGACUUCACUCCACCCUGAGAGACCUUGAGUUAUGUGAACAGGGCACAAACAGAGACUAACCCCCAUGCACCUCUCCGUCUGUGAUGUACAGCCCUGCACCCCAAAAUCACCACGAAUGUACCCCCAUACCCACACAGAGUGACACAGGGGCUGCUGCCCCGCCCUGCACCUCACAAACGGGGACUCCGCACCCCAGCCCCUGUCCCGUGAAGCGAAUUAACCGGAAUCUUGAAGGACUUGCUCCCUGUCUCUGAGCCCCGAGGCCCCCCUCCGCUCCUGAAACUCAGGAUUCCCCUGCGCGCUCGGACGCAGCGCAGUACCCCCCAGCUCUGACGCUGGCGCACAGGGCGAGAGCACAGGCAGUGGGCUCACUGUGAAUACUGGAGCCAGCAGCCCCGAAAUGAGCCUGUGUGUCUGCGUGUGCCUGUAGCAGCAGGCCGGUCAGAGUCAAUCAAAUCUCCCUUAGGCAGCUCUCAGCCCCGUAUGUCAGUGUUGGAGGUGGGAACAUUUGCUGGUGUGUUACAGCAGAGAAGGAUCAUGGGAGAUUGUGUUCUUGUGGAGAUGUGGAUCACAUGGAUUACACUGGAAGAACUCACUGGAUGACACUGGACUACACAGCGCCGGAGCCCCUCCCUCCCUCCCACAGUCCUUGUGACGUGGAGCGGGCGGGGGCAGCGCCUCUCACUCACCUCAAAGAUUGCUGGGUCCUGGCAAAACCACCUUGAGUUUAGUUUGUUUUUACCUGUUUUUAGCCAGUAAUUUGGUUUCUGAUGCACUUUGUGUCAUUUUUAUGACGUUGCUCUGUCUGUUGUUCUGUCCUGGUCUGUCUGGGUGUGGACUGAGUAAUGCUGAUCCACACGGAUCAUUUUGUGAAGGAGUUUCAGUUCAAUUUAUCGUCAGGCAGACAUUCAGACUCAAUUCCCCACAUAGCUCCUCUGUUAAACCUGCCUGUCUGGUUUCUGACACACUGCGUUGUCCCAAUGUAAUUAGAACAUUAGAUGAGCGUUACUUGUACUUCUUACUCAGACCCCUUGUGCUAUUGUGCAUGGUCCUUAUCGAUUUGUUACUUUUCCAGCCUACAUUACACCACUGACGUCAGCAGAGCACUCUGCAGUCUUGAGUUAUACCUUGUCUAGCUUUGGCAAUGGGGGAUCUUGGUCGCAUUCAAGGUCACAUACUUGUUUUCUGCUUCCUUCAGUGCUCAGGAGGGCAAGAACCAUGUAAUGAUGUUGCCUUACCUGCACUACUUCCUGUUUGCAGAGCUUCCUCUUAAGUCUAUACCAGACAUACAUGGGUGUUGUGGGAAUUGGAGUCCCAGGGCCUUGGCUGUCAGACAGCAGCAACCAAAUGAAGGGAUUCUCUUCUGAUUUUAAGGCUCGUUACUAAUGUUGUGUUUCUUUGUUUGAUUUUAUUUUGUUUUAUUUGAAGGAAUCCUUCUGUUCUGUGACUCUAUCUGGUACAACUGGAUUACCUGUAAAUUAAAGGGAAAUAUUUAAA